AUUUUGUGCUGCUGCGCCGGGUAUUUAUCAGAAGAGUCGUGACUACCCCCUUUACUUACUGCUAGUUAGGCUCUCCUUGUACUGUAGUCUGUGUCUCAUUUCAAGACUGUGGGCUUCGUUUGGUUCCGUACAUUUUUGAGUCGACAUUAAUAAUUGAUUUUGUACAUUUAGUUUAUUUUUAUAUACUUAGUGAGAAAGAAUGUCGUCCGAAAGUCCCGAAUACGCUCCGUUCUUCGCAGUGAUGGGAGCCUCUGCGGCUAUGGUGUUCAGCGCCCUGGGAGCAGCCUAUGGCACAGCCAAGAGCGGUACAGGGAUCGCCGCCAUGUCCGUGAUGAGGCCGGAGCUCAUCAUGAAGUCCAUCAUCCCAGUCGUCAUGGCUGGUAUCAUAGCCAUCUACGGCCUGGUAGUAGCAGUGCUGAUUGCCAACAACAUCUCAGAGAAGGUCACCCUCUACAAGAGUUUCCUCCAUCUGGGCGCGGGGCUGAGCGUGGGCCUCAGCGGGCUGGCAGCAGGCUUCGCAAUCGGCAUCGUGGGCGACGCAGGCGUGAGGGGAACAGCUCAGCAGCCGAGGCUCUUCGUGGGCAUGAUCCUCAUCUUGAUUUUCGCAGAGGUCUUGGGUCUCUACGGUCUCAUCGUCGCCCUGAUCCUCUCCACGAAAUAAACACCCAAAACAUCUCCACUACAAAGAUCUGUCCUUUAUGUUGCUGCCGGAGAAUAAGUGUAAAACGGGAAAAAAUUGUAAAAAUGUCUGCCGCUCGAGAUGAAAGAAGUGAAGGCGGGGGAAAAAACUAAUUAAAAUGGCUCCAUAAAUAUGGUCUUAUCUCAACAAUGUGUACAGUUGUCCCAAUUUGAUAGUCAACUUGUAAAUGCGCAAUGUAGUGAUUCGUCUGUCGUGUGUUUGAGUGUGUGUGUGUGUGUGUUUUCAAAAUUGUAUGAUGAAGAUUCCUUUUUUCCCUCCACUUAUUUCAGGCCUUGAGGCAAGCCGAGGCAGCUUGUUCUCCGGUCUUAGAGAGCUGACCACAGGGCCGCACAGCUUCUCCUCCUCCUCCUCCCGCAAACACCUGGGAGUUGACACAAUUUCUGCAUUAAUCCUGAGGAUCUAUUUGUAAAGAGAAAUGUAUAUGGACUUUACGAUUUUGUUUUUUUCAACUGAUUUUAUUUAUAAGAAAUUGUUCAUUUAACUGUUUAAUGCAGCAAAAGUCUUUAAUUCCCCAGGAUAUAUUAUACAUAUAUACAGACAUAUAUAAAUAUCUACAUAGAUAGAUUUAAUGCACUGUGGGUUGUGAUAAGUGGUUGGAAUUCCUUCUGGAUGUAACUCUUGGUUUAAUAAUUAAGAUUGCCUUUAGUAUGUUGCUGGUGAAGUUGGAGUUUUGUGUGUAGCUGUAUUCUAAUCAUUACGCAAACAUUCUCAAACUUCAGUGUUUUUCCUGUAGUACUGCUGUUUGCAUUAAAGGUGUGUGUGCCCCGUGUUGGGUCUCACAAGUGUAAUUUCCAAA